GUCGAUCUUUCGCACUUGUCCCCUGAGGAGCGAUGGAGGGUGGAGCACGCGCGGAUGCACGCCAAGCACCGCGGGCACGAGGCGAUGCACGCCGAGAUGGUCCUCAUCCUCAUCGCCACGCUGGUGGUGGCGCAGCUGCUGUUGGUUCAGUGGAAGCAGCGGCACCCUCGCUCCUACAACCUGUAUUUCACCAUCAAGCUGAACUGGUGGCGGUUCCUGGUCAUCUGGGUGCUCUUCUCAGCAGUCACAGCUUUUGUCACCUUCAGGGCGACUCGAAAACCUCUGGUACAGACAACACCCAGGCUGGUUUAUAAAUGGUUUCUACUAAUAUACAAGAUGAGCUAUGCCACGGGAAUCGUCGGGUACAUGGCGGUGAUGUUCACACUUUUUGGGCUUAACUUAUUAUUCAGAAUCAAACCGGAAGAUGCGAUGGACUUCGGCAUCUCCCUCCUCUUCUACGGGCUGUACUACGGGGUGCUGGAGCGGGACUUUGCCGAGAUGUGUGCGGAUUACAUGGCUGCUCUGGCUCAGUUCUACAGCUCCUCGGGGAUGCCCACCAAGCACCUCUCUGACAGCGUCUGUGCCGUCUGCGGCCAGCAGAUCUUCGUGGACGUCAACGAGGAGGGGAUCAUCGAGAACACCUACCGCCUCUCCUGCAACCACGUGUUUCACGAGUUCUGCAUCCGUGGCUGGUGCAUCGUGGGGAAGAAGCAGACGUGUCCCUACUGCAAAGAGAAGGUGGAUCUCAAGAGGAUGUUCAGUAACCCGUAUCCUUCCUCCUCGGGGCACCCUGCGCCCUGCAAAGGCGAGCA